ACGCUUACAAACGUUGCACUGCGAAUAGCAGCUGUGAAUGAACAAUAAUUUUCUAUGUGCUGCGUGAAAAAUAGUUUUUCCUAUAUAUUUUAAGCACCCAGCACACGGAAAUACUCAAUCACAAGGAGGAAAAGCAAUAUUAAUGAUGCUUUUCAUGCUGCUGUUCAGUCGGCAGGGCAAACUGCGGUUACAGAAGUGGUACAUGGCCUAUCCGGACAAGGUGAAAAAGAAGAUUACCCGGGAACUGGUCACCACGAUACUGGCACGGAAACCCAAGAUGUGCUCAUUUCUGGAGUGGAAGGACUGCAAAAUUGUCUAUAAGAGGUAUGCCAGCUUGUAUUUCUGUUGCGCCAUCGAGCAGAACGACAACGAGUUGCUGACAUUGGAGAUCAUUCAUCGUUAUGUGGAGCUCUUGGAUAAGUACUUUGGAAGCGUCUGCGAGCUCGAUAUUAUCUUCAACUUUGAGAAAGCAUACUUUAUCCUGGACGAGCUGCUAAUAGGCGGCGAGAUCCAGGAAACGUCCAAAAAGAACGUACUUAAGGCGAUCGCCUCGCAGGAUCUGCUCCAAGAGGACUUCAAUGAGUAUCUCAACUAAUCGAUAAAAAAAUAAACAUAGAAGAAAAGAAAACCUAACCCAAAGAACCUGUGUAAAGAACAUAAAGUUAUAUUCCCGAACUGCGAAGAGUUUUAGUGGAGUGUCGAUAGGUCAGAUCAGUCAAACCUUCGCCCAGCUGUACAUAUGUGUAUAUUGCCCAGCUUCAAUUCCCCCGCCUUCCCCGCGCUGCGCUGUGAUGUUCAUCCAUAUAAUAUGCAUUUCGUGUUUCCAAGUUGUGCCGUCAACGAAAGAAAAGCAAAACCAAAUUGAAAUUGGUUUCUUUUUUGGACACAUUCUACUCACACUUACACUUGCUACUCGUACUACCACUACUACUACUUUCUUUCCUUCUACUCUUCUCGUUCUUAUUGUUCUUAUUUUCUGUACUCCAGGACGAAGCCGUUGAGGGCACUUUAAGAGACAUUGGACUCCUCUAAAGAACUAGAACACCCUAGAACUUAUGUAGUUGAUAUUACACGCACACCCAGACACAACGAGCACACAAUAACACACAGAUACACCCCAGCGAUAUUGUGUGCUGCACUUGGCACUUUCCAACACUGCUCCAUCCACUUCUCAACACUAAUGUGUUCUGGCUGUUGUACAGCACUGAAGCGCUGAAAAAAACAAAUCAAAGAAGAAGCCAAGCAGCGUGAGGCUCCAAAAAGCAAUAAAAACCCACAAAGCUAAAUAAUAGAUAGUAACAUCAGAGUAUUUGGCAUGCGGUUUUCCAUACACCCUCUCUCGCAAACACAAACACAUAUAUAAUAGGUACAGCUAAGUUCAUGCAAAACAAGCCAACCUUACGUAGUUCCAUCUGGGGUUUUCUCAACUGAAUUAAUAUGCUUCUUCCUAUCUACAUUAUAUAAUCGAAAGAUCAUUCCAAUCAAUCACCAAAUGGGCAAUAACUAAUUUAGUGGGGAAAUAUAUGCAAUACUAUUCUUACAAUAGAAACAAGUAAGCUUUAAUGUUGAAAAAAUGAGAACGACAUAUAAUUAAAAAUUGUAAUAAUCAUCCCUUAGUGGUAACCGAAUAAAGUCUAGUUUAUGUAUAUCUACAAAUAUAUAUGUUUAUGUAUGUGUGUUGUACGUUUUAGCCAAAUUUUCUGUGUCUUGUAAUUAAAAAAAAAAGUUAUAAUAAAAAUCAAGUAUUUUUCCAAAAAAAAAAA